CCUGUUCAGACUUCCACCCGUUCAGCAGCAGGCAGAGCAGAGGAAAAGGGCCAAAGCCAGGGCAAGGCGGGGGUCGUGAGCCAGGAGGAGGCCUCCCCAACCACCCACCCACUCAGGUUCCUCACGGUGGGAGAUGAUGGAAGUGGGCAGGAGAUAUCCCACCACCAUGGACCACCCUAGGCACCAAGAUGGACUUGGAUCUUACAGCGAGUACGUUAAGUUCUCCAAGGAGAAGUACAUCCUUGACUCAUCUCCCGAGAAACUUCACAAGGAGUUAGAAGAGGAACUUAAACUUAGCAGCACAGACCUCCGGAGCCACGCUUGGUACCACGGACGCAUUCCCCGAGAGGUUUCCGAGAGCCUUGUACAAAGGAACGGGGACUUCUUGAUCCGUGACUCACUCACCAGCCUCGGGGAUUAUGUCCUCACCUGUCGGUGGCGGAACGAACCCCUCCAUUUCAAGAUCAACAAGGUGCUGGUCAAAUCCAGCGAUGGCCGCACUCACGUCCAGUACCUCUUCGAGCAAGAGAGCUUCGACAACGUCCCGGCUUUGGUGCGCUUCUACGUGGGCAACCGGAAGCCCGUCUCGGAGCAAAGCGGGGCCAUCUUCUACUGCCCCAUCAACCGCACCUUCCCGCUGCGCUACCUGGAAGCCAGCUACGGACUGGCCAACGGGAAGCCCGGCGGCUCUCACGGCCAUAAUAACCAGAAAGGGGGGCAUAUCAAGCGCAGGAGCAUCACCAUGACCGACGGACUGACGGCCGACAAGAUCAUCCGGGGCGAAGGCUGCCCGACCAGCGUCUCUUUGCCACAUCAUGGGGACAUCAUCCGGAACUGUGCGGUCAGCGUUGAUCAAAUCCAGGACCUCCACGCCUCGAUGUCGCCCAUCUCCGAGACCUCGGCGACGCCAGCCUACAGCACUGUUUCUCGGCUAAAACCCCACACGGGCCAAGCCACCGAUGGCGUCGCCCCUGGGUCUCCCGUCAUCCGGCGCUCCAGCGAGCCGCAGCUGUGCCAAGGAAACGGUGGCAGGGCCGACCACUCGGACAGCGCCCGCUCCACGCCUUCGCACGGAUACUCCCGGGCGUCUCCUUCCCCCUCCAUCGGUAGCUACAGCGAUCCGGACAGCGGGCAUUACUGCCAGCUGCACCCUCCCUCUCCGGUUCAGUGGGACAGGCCGAGCGCGGACGGCAAACCCGCCCCGGCCAAGAGCUACGUGGAGAGGUUGAAGGGGGACGAGAGCCAGCGAGGGCUCGGACUGAACGGCGGCGAGGCCGAGGCCGGACCCCGGAAGCGGCUGGAGCCGGACUCUGUAGGUUUCGUCGUCCCCGUGGUGGAAAGGAUCUCCUCCUUCAACCCGGCCGUCUUCCACUCCCUGCUGAUCCCUCUUGAAAAUAAACCUUUGGAGAUGGCCGUGCUCAAGAAGGUCAAGGAGCUCCUGACGGAAGUGGACGCCAGGACGCUUGCGAAACACAUCACGCAAGUGGAUUGCUUGGUUGCUAGGAUACUGGGCGUUACCAAGGAGACGCAGCGACUCAUGGGAGUGAGUUCAGGGAUGGAGCUGCUCACCCUGCCCCAUGGACAUCAGCUUCGGCUGGAUUUGCUGGAAAGGUUCCACACGAUGACCAUCAUGAUCGCGGUGGAUAUCCUGGGCUGCACUGGGAGCAUGGAGGAGAGGGCGUCCCUGCUCCACAAGACCAUCCAGCUGGCCGCGGAGCUGAAGAGCACGAUGGGCAACAUGUUCAGUUUCGCAGCGGUCAUGAAUGCACUGGAAAUGACCCAGAUCUCACGGCUAGAGCAGACGUGGAUGGUUCUACGACAGCGCCACACGGAGGGUGCCAUCCUGUACGAGAAGAAGCUAAAGCCUUUCUUGAAAAGCCUCAACGAAGGCAGCGAAGGACCUCCCUUGUCAAACACGACUUUCCCACACAUUGUGCCUCUCAUCACUCUCCUGGAGCGAGACGACGCGCUUCCGGACAACCCGGAGCCCUGGGAGAACGUGGACCACGGCGUGGAGGUCGUCAUGGCCCACUUGGAAGCGGCGCGGAUGGUGGCCCAUCACGGCGGGCUGUACCACACCAAUGCGGAGGUGAAGCUGCAAGGCUUCCAACCUCAGCCGGAGCUGCUAGAAGUUUUCCACACCGAGUUCCAGCUGCGUCUCCUCUGGGGCAGCCGAGGGGCCGAGAGCAGCCAGAGCGAACGCUACGAGAGAUUUAACAAGGUCCUCACGGCGUUGUCCCACAAGCUGGAACCCGCCGUGCGCUCGAGCGAAUUGUAGCGGGGGAAGGCGGACUUUGGAGCAAGACAGCAAAGGACAUUUGUUGGAGGGGGGAUCCCAAGGAAACAAUUGCACUUCCUUUCCGAAUCGGUUUUGUGAGGAUGUUGCCGGUUGUGUGUGUAUGUGUGUUGAGAAUGCAUGUCUCAUCUGCAAGUCUGCUCUUUCUGCCUAUGGAAAGGUGGCUAAGACUGAAGCUACCCAAUCUGUGAUUUGGUUGCCGCAGAAAGUAUUUGCUUGACAUAUGGACAAUCAACAUAUCAAACUGCAGAACGGGUUGACUUGCUCCCUGGAAAACCUAACCAUGGUAUGGAUCCUCUGUGCUACCAUCACUGGCCUUACAAACUGUAUAGGAAGAGGCACUGCUGAAAUCGUAAUUAAGGCUGCCGCUGGGGAAUUGCAUUCCAGAUCCCUCGUAUGAUUUUAUGACCAGUGCAAAAAUCCUUCAGAGGUGCAAAAAAAAACUUAAUACUGAUGCACGCCUGGAUGUGACUGACCUCAGAUGCCUUCUGGUUUUUUAAACCAGAGAAAAUCACUUCGCUAUGUUGUAAUUGAAAACUGAGUCUCUCGUUAACGGCCUUCUGUUUCUUCCUCUAUACAGAACUAACCUGGGGGGGGAAAGGUAUGUUUCCAGACGGAAGCCUUUCAAAACUGUCAAUAAUAAUAAUAAAAUCCAACCAUACUGUGCUGCUAUUCCAUCUUAAUGGAUUUUCUACAGUAAAGGUGGAAAAAGGAGACGAAAGCAGCGGUGGGGAAAAUGCAGGAGGGUUGCCAAUGGAGCAAAAUCACGUUGGGAGCCUUAUUUUUUAAAAAAAAAUCCACUUGUAAAUGGAGCAGGACUAUAUUCUACAAUAAAAGUUGCAUUCAGAUGCGCUCCCUCCUUCAGGGCUCCUGGGUCCCAAGAGCUGAGCAUGCAAUUUCCUCAUUGCUACCGCCUCAGAUAUAUAUGAAAUUGGGGGGAUGCUUAUCCAAUUUUUACUCCAGUUUUUUUGGCUGGGGAGGGGGAGCGAAUAGUGCAUCCUUCGGGAUUGGGGCUCUCGUCGUCCGGCUGUCCCGUUACCCACUCCACGUCCCCUCGUGGCACUUGGAAAAAGCCCACGAGCGAUGCCAUCUCUGUCCAGAAAUGCACAAAAGGUGUCAUUAGAGGGCCUCACAAAAUAGCCUUCCCCACAUCGAAGCGACGCCCAGGCUCCCAUCGCUAGCCUUGCAUUUUACAAAAUAAAAUACUUGAUCUUCUUCAAAGCUGGUUUUCGCCUUCGGUUCUCCUCCACCUCCUCCAGGAGCGCCGAUUCCGUUUGCAUUUUGAGCCUUUUCUGCUUGUAAAUAAAAUGAUUCACUGAAGCUUGUGUGUGUGUAAACACGCACACAUUUCUACACAUGUAUGUUUUCGAAAGGGACCUCUUUUGUAAAAGAUUAAAUCGCCUCGCUUUUUUUUGGUCUUGUAAAUGAAUGUACAUAUAUCAUGGAGUGUCCUCUCUUGAUUACCGCCUACAAUAAAAAUAAACCUUUUAUGCUUUU